AUGAAAUUGAUCGUUAUUGCAUUCUUGGUCAUCGCCGUCAUGUUGGUCAUCGUCUCAGCCAUCCCAGCUGAUGAAUCCAUCUUAAGUGAUAACGUUGACAACUUCCACCCAGCUGAUGAAGCAGGCAUCAAGAAGAAGUUGCUCCUCAAGAAAAUCCUUCUCCUCAAGAAAAAGAAGUUGAUCGGUUAAGCUGAACUAAGCUGAAUCUGUCUGAAAAUUAGUCAAAUUUUAUUUUCAUUCCACUUAUUAUUUUAUAAAUCUUCUAGAAAAAUAAAAACAACAUGUUUUUCUAAACAAAAAAUUAAAAUCCAAUAUUUUAAAUCAAAAUU